AUGGCAAAAAUACUCACUUGGCUGUUAACCACGCUACUGGCAGCUUGCUUCUGGAAGCUAUCAGUACAGCACCCUGUCAACGGCAUACUUGGUCUUGACGUUGAGAGAAAUUCGGAGGGCCUCUUGGAAUCUGGUGCCGCAUACAGGCAGUUCUCAGGACCAGCACAGAAUUUUCCUGAUGUCGGCACGUGGACUCGGUACGAUUUCAUGUGGAAUCUCAACAAAGCCGCCCUCUCAGCCGGCGGAAACAUCGAAACCGAUGUCACCUACAUCAAAGAAGCCAUCGAAGACUGCGCCAAUCAGUACCACGUCGACCGUAGACUUAUCCUAGGAAUAAUGAUGCAAGAAUCUCGCGGCGAUGUUGGCGUAAUCACGACAUACAGCGGCGGUCUUCCAACGGCAGGCUUGAUGCAAUGCAGCGGCUGUCCCGGUUUCCCAGGCCAACAUGGGCUAAGUCAGGCGGACAUCACCUCGAUGGUUUGUGGAGGUGUGAAGCACUUCCGAGGAAACAUGGACCACUUCGGCAAUGAGUGGAGUGGAAAGACUGUCUUUCCGGCUCUACGCGAGUACAACAGUGGCAACGUCAAUGAAGCCAACCUUAGCGAUGGUCGCGGUGCUACAGCGUCUUACGUUUCUGACCUCGCUAAUCGCGUUACUGGCUGGUCAAACUAG